ACCAGGAAUUAAACCCACAACCUUUGGUUACAGGACGACCUCCAAACACUGAGGCCCCGGCCAGGGCGCCUCUGGUUUAAUGUCUUUCUCAUUGGGCUCAGCUCCACAGGGCACAUGCCCCGCAUGUGACACGGCAUCUGAACUCAACAAACAAAGCACAAAGGCAGGCUGGCCUCGGCCAACACAGCGCCAGGGAAUCAGAAAGGCUAGCAAGGACAUGGCAAGCACCAUCCACCCUGUCUUGGUGACGGCCUGCUGGGAAUGCCUCCAGCUCCCUACAUCCUCCUUCCGGACCCUGGCCUCACUGGCCUCCCUGCCGCCAUCACAAUGGCCGGAGCGCUCCUGGCCGGGGCCUCUGUGACAUCAACCCGGCUCAGCCCCAGCACUCAGAGUCCAGGUGCGAGGGCAGACAGACCCACCAUGAGCAGCCUCCUCCCCCACCCCUGCUCACCAUGCGGACCCUGAAAUGGACCUUGUUCCUGCCCAUGUGCCUAUCUUGCGGCUACGCCUUUAUGUUUUCUUCUCUGAGGGAGAAUGUCAAAGCACCCCCUGGAAAGGUGCCUUGCGGAGGGCACUUCCGAAUUAGGCAGAACCUACCAGAGCACGCCCCAGGCUGGCUCGUCAGCAAGUGGCUCUGGCUCUUUUUUAUUGUUAUACUGUAUCUAAUUCUCAAGUUUCGAAGAGACCGUGAGAAGAUUAAGGAAAAGACCCCUCCUGGCCCUCGAGGCUCUUUGGUUCGUGCUGCACCGAAGAAGAACCAGUGUGCUAACCCCAGCAAAGACUACGCACUGCACACCUUAAACCAGCUCGAGAUGGACCUCGUGCAGUUCAUGUCCAAGGUGCGGAAUCUGAAAGUCGCCGUGGCAACUGCCGGUGACUACAAGGGGCAGAACUUUGAGAGGCCUGCAGACCCACAUAACAAUGUUACCAUCUACGAAAUAUGGGGCGAAGAAGACUACGAAUAACUGGAUUUGUGUGUCAAAAAGUAGGACAGGAAAGUCGAGGGUAGACACACCAUAUGCAAACUAAUAAAGCUGUUCUGAAGAAAAAUCUCAAAUCUGAGAUGUUUUCCCCUCUUCGCUUAAACCUGAAAAAAUAAAUGUGAGGCCAGUAGCCAUGGCCGUGGCCAUGAUGGUUUUGUUCUUUGGCCUUUCUUGCUUCCUCCAGGGUUGUGGUGGUGAGACGCCUGGCCAAGGGGCCAGGGCCGGAGAACAAGGUUUAGGAAAUUUGGGGUGUUACUAUCAUUUCCAUACUUGCUGUCUUUAUAUUAGCUAUUUGUGCAAAUGAUGGAACUGAUUAUCUUAUAAUUGAUUACAUUAUAAAGGACAACUCUAAUGAUGGGUGUAAUAAAAUGAUUAUAUUAGGGGUGUGUGUGUGUGUGUGUGUGUGUGUGUGUGCACGUGCGCAUGUGUGUGUGGCAGAUGAUGGUUUCUAGAAUCACUUGAUUUUCUUACCCCCAAAAGUCUUAUUCAUUUUAGCUCAUGAAGCAUUGACUGUCUUCUACCAAUUAGCAGUUACAUAUGUCCAAUUGAAUUAAGUAAAUGGAGAAUUGAUUCAUACUAACCAGGGCUCUGUCAAUUACUUGCUAUGAAUGUUCUUUAUAGUUCCCAUUAAAAUAUGGAUGUGUUGGCAUGUUACUAUGGCUAAUGGGAAGUACAUGUGCUUAAUACAGCUGUUAGGUUGGCUUAUGACCCCUUCUGCAGGCCACCCUGACUGUCUAUAGAUGCGCCGUGCAGGCCAGAGGAGCAGCUGAGGACUCAGGGCAAUUCCCUUCCUUCCGCCUUCCUUCCCACUACAGAAGGCUAAGUCCCGCCCUGGC